AUGGAGUGGUGGCAGAACAAUGCUCAGGAUCCCCCACCAGUGUUAGGAAACUCCCACAUUGGAUCCCAAAGGUUGGUUGUGUCACUCAUCCCACAGUGGAGAAAACAAUCUGUUAAAAAACAAGCAUUUCGGGGCCUCCCGAGUGGCGCAGCAGUCUAAGGCACUGCAUUGCAGUGUUGCGGCAUCACUACAGCCUGUGGUUCGAUCCCAGGCUGUGUCAUUACCGGACGUGACCGGGAGUCCCAUAGGGCGGCGCACAAUUGGCCCAGCAUCGUCCGGGUUAGGGGAGGGUUUGGCCGGGGGGGCUUUACUUGGCUCAUCGCGCUCUAGCGACUCCUUGUGGCGGGCCGGGCGCCUGCAGGCUGUCUGUCUGUCCUUUGGCAUGAGACAGGCCUGUUAAUUCUCCACGUUCCAAUCGCCUGCAGGCUGACUUUUCUUGUCAGUUGAACAGUGUUUCCUCCGACACAUUGGUGCAGCUGGCUUCCGGGUUAAGCGAGCCGGUGCUGAGGCGCGGUUUGGCGGGUCAUGUUUUGGAGGACGCAUGACUCGACCUUCGCCUCUCCCGAGACCGUUGGGGAGUUGCAACGAUGAGACAAGAUCGGAAUCACGAAAUUGGGGAGAAACAUUUCUAAAAUAACAAACAUUUGUUUCAUCACAACAGCUUUUCUCCUCCGCUGGACUGAGUCAUGACUGAUAGAAAAGCCUUGGUGGCCAAACCAGGAGCGAUUGGAACGUGGAGAAUUAACAGGCCUGUCUCAUGCCAAAGGACAGACAGACAGACUUCUGCUCUGGGAUUGGUUAAAGCUGCUCAAUGGAGGGAAUUACUUCAGUGAAAUUAAUUGAUGGUAGGCCUAAUGGUUGAAGUGAGAGCUGGUCAUUGAGGACUGUAGGUCUAUAGGCUGGUCUCAUUGGAGUAUGAUAACUCAAGUAAGGUUGAUGGGGAUGUUACAGCCACAACCUAGCACACUCUCUCUCUCCAUCAGUCUCUCUCAAUCUCUAUACUAUAUGACUGUUAUAUCUGGUUGCUAUAAUCAUCCUAUACCUCCUUCCCUCUAUUCCUCCUAGGCUUUCAUCUCACUUCCUCCCUGGUGUUGAAUGGAUGUUAUAACCCCUCUCAUUCUCUUUUUUCUCUCUCUCCUACAGUAACUGCCCCUUCUCCCUGGCGGCUGCCCUGGCGCGGGCUACAGCAGACAGUGUUCUGCAGAGUGACCUCUCCAUCUACCACAUCCAGAAGACCGUUGAGGAUGGAGUAGAACCUUUCCCCCGUGAGUCCCCUGUCAGCCUGCGCAUGACAUGCAAAUCAGAUCAUGUACUGACCUAGCUAGGCUACUGUAAGGACAGAGUUACUUUUUAUUCAAUAUAUUGGCUUAAAGCCUUUAUCAUUUCAGGUGUUGUUUCAUUCAACACCGUGGACAAAUUAGAAAAUCACCAACUUUAACACAAACACAUUGUGUUUGUGGCACAGCUGCUACAAUUUCUUAGCAUUAAAACAGUUGCACUUCCUGGUUCACUUUUUUUAUACCACAGAUUGAUGUCAACCGCUGUCACUUAGAAUUCCCUUUACUUUGUUAGUAAUCCUUCUACCCCCCCUUACCCCACCCCCCCAAAAAAAACACACAAAAAAAACAUUGUAAAGUGGUUAUCCCACUGGCUAUAAGGUGAAUGCACCUAUUUGUAAGUCGCUCUGGAUAAGAGCGUCUGCUAAAUGACGUAAAUGUAAUGUAAAUGUAAAACAAAGCACUCUGUGGAGCGAGCGAGUGAGAGCAGAGGUCUUUUAGAAGAGAAGGGAACAGCAGUGAAUAACCCUGCGACACUCCAUCUUUAAGAUCUCUGUGUUCUUAUCAGAGAGAGAGAGAGAGGAGGCAUAAAGAGAACGCAGGGGAAAGAUAAUUUUGGCUCUGGUGAUUUGUGUGACGGGGUUGCUGUCUUGGGACGGAGGGUGGGUUGGUGAAUGUCAGGUGGGCGGUAAGGGUGGGUAAGAACAGAGGAUAGCAGACAGCCUGGCCGUCGAGGCCCAAGGCAGAGGAGACACACAAACACACCCACACACCCACACACACAGCUCAUUGACAGGGCUCUGAGAUGGAAUGGGAGGUUAAAUUUAACUACAGAGCCUGGGGAGCUAGGGAGAGGAGGAGGAGGAGGAGGAGGAGGAGAGGAACGGAGAGGAGAGGAGAGGAACGGAGAGGAGAGGAGGGGAGGGGAAGAAAGGAGAGUGAGGAGGAGUGGGGAGUGGAAAGACCAAGUCCUUAGUUCCACUAGGUGGAGCAGAGAAUUAAUUCAAAAUGACCUUGUCCAGAUAUUCAUUACAAGGGCUAUGGAGUCUUAAAGGGAUACUGCAAGAUUUUUAGAUUUUGGUUGUUUUUCUACUUACCCAGAGUCAAAUGAACUCAUGGAUACCAUUUUUAUGUCUCUGCGUGCAGUUUGGAGAUAAUUGAAGUUAGCAUAUAGUUAGCUUAAUUGCUGGAAGUCUGCAGCUCCUCUCAAAAGCAGGGAAAUAGACUACUCCAAAGCUGGGUGGUUGGUCAUUUAUAAUAUGUCUUACAAAGCUAUACAUAAUAAGAAACAAGAUUCUAUCAACCUCCUCAUUCUGUCCCGCUGUCGCAUCUGGCCACUGUGUUGACUUGAGAGGUCACGCACAGCGGUGCCCACGGCGGGUCCGUGUGCCCACGGCGGAUGAAUGAAAUGCGUACUUCAGAGAAAAUAGUAAAGUAAAAAUGCAUUUAAAACAUUAUUUUAUUUUAAAUAUUAUAGUUUCAUAUGGACUUGUAAACAAUACAUAAUACCAAGUGCUAACCACCAAGCUUUGGAGUAGUUAGAAGGUCUAUUUCCCUGCUUUUGAGAGGAGCUGGCAACUGUACUUGGAGACUACCAGCAAUUGUGCUAGGCUAACGAUAUACUAAUUUAAAUUAUCUCCAAACUGCAUGUAGAUACAUAGAAAUAGUAUCCAUGAUUUCAUCUGACUCUAGGUAAGUAGAAAAACGACCUACAUCUUGAAAUCUCACAGUAUUUAUAGGAUUAUAGGUAUCUAUAGUAAAAUAUAGGACUCUAUAGGAAGCAUCAGAGCUUCUUAAGGCAAAUUAUAACCGCUACUAUUCUGUAAGUUACAAAUUAACAAUAAGUGAGCCCUUUGCAACAAACAGUAAAACCACAAGUUUUCUUACGAAUGUCAGUCACCCAGUUAAUCCUCCCUCACAACAACCAAGGUAACUAGGAAACAGAGUACUUAGAGAUGUUUAUCUAUAUUUCAGGUUCAACAAAAUAAAAACAAACACUUUAACAUUGUCUCCUGAGUCCCUCUCUGUUGCUCGACUCACUGUGACAGAGAAGUAAAAGGCUAAGGGCUUGAUUCAAUCCGUAGUCCUGAAGAGCUGCGCUACAGCACGAUAGAAGUUUAAAGGCAGCGCGCGCAUUUGGGCACAGGAGCACAUUGGUGUGCCUUUCUCUGAUUACGUGUGUAUGGUUUCAUGUGAGUCUACAUGCAUGUAUAUUAUUUUGCACAUUAUUUUAAUGUGAGCAAAUGUGAAUAUACAGUGGGGAGAACAAGUAUUUGAUACACUGCCGAUUUUGCAGGUUUUCCUACUUACAAAGCAUGUAGAGGUCUGUAAUUUUUAUCAUAGGUACACUUCAACUGUGAGAGACGGAAUCUAAAACAAAAAUCCCAGAAAAUCACAUUGUAUGAUUAUUAAGCAAUUAAUUUGCAUUUUAUUGCAUGACAUAAGUAUUUGAUACAUCAGAAAAGCAGAACUUAAUAUUUGGUACAGAAACCUUUGUUUGCAAUUACAGAGAUCAUACGUUUCCUGUAGGUCUUGACCAGGUUUGCACACACUGCAGCAGGGAUUUUGGCCCACUCCUCCAUACAGACCUUCUCCAGAUCCUUCAGGUUUCGGGGCUGUCGCUGGGCAAUACGGACUUUCAGCUCCCUCCAAAUAUGUUUUAUUGGGUUCAGGUCUGGAGACUGGCUAGGCCACUCCAGGACCUUGAGAUGCUUCUUACGAAGCCACUCCUUAGUUGCCCUGGCUGUGUGUUUCGGGUCGUUGUCAUGCUGGAAGACCCAGCCACGACCCAUCUUCAAUGCUCUUAUUGAGGCAAGAUCUCGCGAUACAUGGCCCCAUCCAUCCUCCCCUCAAUACGGUGCAGUCGUCAUGUCCCCUUUGCAGAAAAGCAUCCCCAAAGAAUGAUGUUUCCACCUCCAUGCUUCACGGUUGGGAUGGUGUUCUUGGGGUUGUACUCAUCCUUCUUCUUCCUCCAAACACGGCGAGUGGAGUUUAGACCAAAAAGGUCUAUUUUUUCUCAUCAGACCACAUGACCUUCUCCCAUUCCUCCUCUGGAUCAUCCAGAUGGUCAUUGGCAAACUUCAGACGGGCCUAGACAUGCGUUGGCUUGAGCAGGGGGACCUUGCGUGCGCUGCAGGAUUUUAAUCCAUGACGGCGUAGUGUGUUACUAAUGGUUUUCUUUGAGACUGUGGUCCCAGCUCUCUUCAGGUCAUUGACCAGGUCCUGCUGUGUAGUUCUGGGCUGAUCCCUCACCUUCCUCAUGAUCAUUGAUGCCCCAAGAGGUGAGAUCUUGCAUGGAGCCCCAGACCGAGGGUGAUUGACCGUCAUCUUGAACUUCUUCCAUUUUCUAAUAAUUGCGCCAACAGUUGUUGCCUUCUCACCAAGCUGCUUGCCUAUUGUCCUGUAGCCCAUCCCAGCCUUGUGCAGGUCUACAAUUUUAUCCCUGAUGUCCUUACACAGCUCUCUGGUCUUGGCCAUUGUGGAGAGGUUGGAGUCUGUUUGAUGGAGUGUGUGGACAGGUGUCUUUUAUACAGGUAACGAGUUCAAACAGGUGCAGUUAAUACAGGUAAUGAGUGGAGAACAGGAGGGCUUCUUAAAGAAAAACUAACAGGUCUGUGAGAGCCGGAAUUCUUACUGGUUGGUAGGCGAUCAAAUACUUAUGUCAUGCAAUAAAAUGCAAAUUAAUUACUUAAAAAUCAUACAAUGUGAUUUUCUGGAUUUUCGUUUUAGAUUCCGUCUCUCACAGUUGAAGUGUACCUUUGAUAAAAAUUACAGACCUCUACAUGCUUUGUAAGUAGGAAAACCUGCAAAAUCGGCAGUGUUUCAAAUACUUGUUCUCCCCACUGUACAUCUGGAGGCUAUAAAUGAUGCACUUAUGCACGCAUACAUGCGUGUAUAAUGUAUAUGUGUGAGCCUGUGGUCUGAUCACAUGCCAUUUGUGUGUGUAUGUGUGUAUGUACGUGUGUUUGUGCGUGUGUUUGUGCGUGUGUCCUCUUUUAGAGAUUGAGUCGGUGGCCUUUGCCCGGCUCAUCUUCAACAAGCUGUGUGAAACAUGCUGCCUGUGGCUGAAAGACUUCCCUUACCGCCGCCGGCCUCAGCCCUACUACGAGACCUCCAUCCACGCCAUCAAAAAUAUGAGGCGCAAGAUGGAGGACAAACAUAUCGUCAUCCCCGACUUCAACACUCUCUUCAACAUACAGGUAAGCAUGAACAGAGUAAUCCUUAACCGCAGGUCUAGGAUCAGUUCAACAUACAGGUACGGAUGACUCCAGCAUGUCGCUAGGUUGAUGAAGAGAGCAGCCUUCAACCACAGAUCUAGUAUCAGAUUACCCUCCAGUUCUAACCAUAACCAUUAAGGGGAUAUGGACUUGACUCUUUAAAUUCAAUUACCAUUGAUUGGCGUUUCUGGUAAAAGCAUAAGAGGAGAGGGUGGGAAAGGAGGGCUUGAGUACUACUGUAGCCCUGCCCUAUGGCUUCUCCCUAGUAGCCUAGGCUUGGGUGAUAUACCGGAUACCGGGGUAUUUAGACAUACCGACAGUAUGAUUUUCAAUACCGUUACAAAAAAUAUAUAUAGAUAUAAAAAAUGUGGGUUGGGAAGCCCCCCGCCUCUCGUGGGCUGCGGGGGGGUGUUCACUUCCGGUAAUACCGUAUACCCCGGUAUGGUACAGAAACGGUAUGAAGUAAUGAAAUCUGGAUACCGCCCAACCCUAUAGUGGCCUUAAAAGUGCUUACUCUAAAAGAGCUCUCUGGAAACCCCAAGACACAAGACAGAUGGCAUCCUAAUGACCACAAAAUCAGUACCUUGUUCUUGGCCACACUCAAAAGAUACCCUCCUAUCAAAGACUCCAGGAUGUCUGUCAUUGUUUGAAUGUUUCUUAGCAACAUUUGGCCUACCACUUGAUGCAAGAACAAUAAUACACAGUAUCACCACGUGAUAUAGCACAUUUCAAUUCAGUCAAUUUAGGAAGUAAACUGAAAUUCCAAUUCCAAAUUCUGAGAAGAAUUCAAACAAUGACAGACAUCCUGGAGUCUUUGAUAGGAGGGUAUCUUUUGAGUGUGGCCAAGAACAAGGUACUGAUUUUGUGGUCAUUAGGAUGCCAUCUGUCUUGUGUCUUGGGGUUUCCAGAGAGCUCUUUUAGAGUGAGAAGCAUUGAGGGAAAUUGGAGUUGGAAUUUCAGUUUACAUCCUGAAUUGCCUGAAUUGAAAUGGAAUUGACCCCAACCCUGUAGAGGCACUCUUCAAAAUCGCUGCCCUCUGGCUAAAAAGAGACUUAAUUCUUCUAUGUAUAUCAACUAAUUAAGAGAUCCCCCACUGAGUGGGCUAACCCGGCUGGGAAGCUACCGACUCACUUCACUAUUGGGGGGAGAUCAAUAAAACUCCCCUAGCCGAGUUAUUCCCAUUACAACCCCAAUGAGAACAGUAAAUGAUAGCACAGUAGGUAGCUGAUGUUGAAUGAAAUGCUUCUAAUAGCAUUAUUGGCUACAGCACUCUAACGUGCUCCCUCGGGCACGAGGGAAAUUAUUUAAAUGAAGCUGAACAACUCACACACACAGACAGACAGAUAGAACUGGAGCAAGAAAUAUAAGCAAUUCGCUGCACCUGCGAUAACUGCAAAAUAUGUGUACGCGACCAAUCAAAUUUGAUUUUAUUUGACAGACACACACACACACACACACACACCAGCCUGAUAAUGGCAUGUUAUCUGAGCCACACAGAGUCAAUAUCCUUAUUAUUUUGCCAGUCAUCCCCAACGAUUAUGGCCCCUCCCCUUACGUCCCCUCUGAGACAACUGGCCAAUGAGACGUCCCAGGGACAGACAGGCAGAGCCACAAGCUCAAGGAUCCUGAGAUAAUUAUUCAGUUGAAUCAAAUGUUUAUCCAAUUUUAUUAGCUAAGCAUGCUAGUGGCGGGUAAGCCUGCUAAUUGGCAUUAAACCCCAGUUAAUUAAAGCAAAUAGAUGGAGACGCAAACAGGUUAUAUUUGGAUUUGCAUAUUUGUGACGAGGCACUACUACGCAUUCCAUUCAUGGAAAACACACAACGUCACAAGAGUGACAUGCAACUAACUAUGCUGUAGAAGAUAUUGUAAUUUAGAAAACAUUACUAUGAUGAGUUAAGUUUGUUUAUGGAAGCUUGUUGUAAAGAUGUUUAUGGAACUUGUUCUCAACUAUCUUACCUGGUUAAAUAAAGGUAAAUUAAAAAAUUUUUCAAAAUAAGAUUAUUGACAUUGGACAGAUGAAUGCUUUGCAUUGCUUCAUACUCUUGAUGAGAGUCUAUACAUUAAUUACUAUCAUGUUAGAACAGGUGAUGACUCCAAUGAAGUGAAGAAAUAAGAGUGCUUCCUGAAAGUAUUGAAGCUCUAAGACAUUGCAGGCUCACCCUCUUGUCAUACUGUUUUGACCUUUGACCUGUGUGUGUGUUUUCAGGACCAGGAGGAGCAGGCCUUCUUCGCUGUGUUCGAUGGCCACGGGGGCGUGGACGCCGCCAUCUACGCCGCCAACCACCUUCAUGUCAACAUGGUGCACCAGGAGUGCUUUAGCCAAGAUCCGGGGGAGGCCCUGUGUCGCGCCUUCAGAGUCACCGACGAACGCUUCAUCCGUAAAGCUAAGAUGGAGGUAAGGGCUCAAAUUGGUAUAGUAUGGACAUUUUCGUUCAAAUCAAAUGGGGUGCGGUCAAAAACUGAUUGAAAUCAAAUGGAAUGACCCAAUAGACAUGUUACCGGACAUUCAUAUACGUUUCUAUGUCUAAAUGUGUGUGUGUGCUUCCGUCCGUCCGUCCGUCCGUCCGUCUGUCCGUCCGUCUGUCCGUCUGUCCGUCGUCCGUCUGUCUGUCUGUCUGUCUGUCUGUCUGUCUGUCUGUCUGUCUGUCUGUCUGUCUGUCUGUGUCUGUGUGUUACAGAACCUGCGCUGUGGCACCACGGGGGUGGUGACCUUCCUGAGGGGGCGGACCCUGUAUGUGGCCUGGCUGGGGGACUCUCAGGUCAUGCUGGUCAAGAAGGGCCAGGCUGUGGAACUGAUGAAGCCUCACAAGCCUGACAGAGAGGUCACACGCACACACGCACACACACACAUACAAAACACACUCCUUUAAUCACUGUUCACUUCACACACAGGGGUUAACAUCACUUGAGCAGAGAAAUCUGUCUCAUAUACAGUGAGGGAAAAAAGUAUUUGAUCCCCUGCUGAUUUUAUAAGUUUGCCCACUGACAAAGACAUGAUCAGUCUAUAAUUUUAAUGGUAUGUUUAUUUGAACAGUGAGAGACGGAAUAACAACAAAAAAAUCAAUUUAUAACAUUUUUGACAUGCGUUUUUCUGGAUUUUUUGUUUGUUAUUCUGUCUCUCACUGUUCAAAUAAACCUACCAUUAAAAUUAUAGACUGAUCAUUUCUUUGUCAGUGGGCAAACGUACAAAAUCAGCAGGGGAUCAAAUACUUUUUUCCCUCACUGUACAACCACAUGCCAUUAUACAUAAUACCAUAUUUAUCUCUCUCUCUGCAGGAUGAGAAGCUGCGUAUUGAGGCUCUGGGAGGCUGUGUCAUCUGGUUCGGCACGUGGAGGGUUAAUGGCAGCCUGUCCGUAUCCAGAGCCAUAGGUACACAAACAAUCACUCUAUGCCUUGUAUUUAUACAAUUAGCAUAUAGAGUACAAUUUACAGACUGUACAGUAGCUGCUGUACCAUGCCUGCUGCUGAAUCCUCCCUGGACCUCCUCUGGUUGGAGUUGAUAUGGCUGUUGUGACCUGGCUGUGUGUGUGUGUGUGUGUGUUGCCUUGGUCACCGACUGAAUGAGAGGAGUGUUGACACUAUUGAGAGGUCAGCAAGAGGUCGGAGUGUGUCAUGCAGAGAGUGUGUGUGUCGUGCAGAGAGUGUGUGUGUGUGUCAAGCAGAGAGUGCGUAUGUGUGCAACUCACCACUCAGCAGGAGGCCCAUAAUCAAUCUAAACUAUCUUGGCGAUUGAGUGCCAGAGCACAGAGGUCAUGACAUAGUCUUAAAGGCCACAGCCAAGGGUCAGCUGACACAGUGCUGAGCGGGAGACAAAUAGAACCCAGAAGUGGGGGUUGCCUGUACCUUUAUGCAUACACAGGUGUACGUAACUUUAGGUUAGGUGACCAGUCUGAUUUCCCAGCAGGUAUUUAAAAUCCUAAUGGGAUUAGAUGGAAUAAUCUCACAGCUCCAAUAAUACAUCACAAUAAUACUGUUGUUCUCUUGAAAACAAAUGGCCUCUACAUUGGAAUCCACUGUAAAGACUGCCUUAGAAUCCAACUGUACCUAUUUACAUACACAAUAGGGUUGGGGUCAAUUCGAAUUGAAGUCUAUUUAGGAAGUUAUUUUAUUUUAUUUUAUUUUAUUCCAAAUGAAAAUAACUGACCUCAAUUCUAAUUGACACCUUACCCUGAUACACAAGGCAACUUGAGGACUAGCUUCUAGUCUUAUUUCCUGAUGGUUAUUUUAGUGGUGGCUAGUGAGGAAGCCCUACUGUGACCUGCUGUUCCCAAAUCCAAAAACUCCAAUAAUCUGAUAUCAAAACAACCGCUUCCUCGACAGCAAAUGGCUGCUACAUUAGAACGGUUUAAUUCCUGCUGCAUGAAGGAGAGGAGAAAUGACAGAUAUUGCAAUACUGAUAUUCAUACAUAAAAAUAAAUACAUUAGUCACAGGUUCCCGAAAUUACGCCAUUCUUACACACGCCUUUCCUAUGCACUUCUCAGUAGUUGGUAUUCAAACUUACCUUAUGAAGGUGCGUAACAGGCUUUGCAGGUGUGGUUCCCUUGCGCGCGCUGAAUAAAUGUAAUUAAUCAGCUGAAAACCCUCCCACAUGCUGGCCAACAGAUUUUCUUGUGGAGUUUCCAUUCAAUAGGGUUUACAGUACAUUUAUCUUAAGCCAUCCCUUUAAAUACGGUGUACCUUUUAUUUUGUCGACAGACUAGAAUACAUCAAGAGAACGGGUUCAGAAAAUAAGGAUCAAUGAAAGAAAGCCAUCUAAAUAUAUGCAUAUUCGUCUCAGUUUCAACACCAACUGGUGUUUAAAAUUACUCAAUCAACUGUUACUAAUGAUACUCAGCAACAACCACACGGCCGUGACGGCGUUUACAGAGGAAGCAAAUGAAGGUAAACUAAACAAUGUAAUGAAAUGGAAUGAUAAUGUAGGCUAUACCAACUGAGGGGAACUAACAGUAAAUUGCCAGUUGAAUAUGUGUUGUUAUUAGGCCUACUGACGGUCGAUACUGAUAGUGGCUAAUAUUUAUGAUAGAAAUAGGAAACAGAGAAAGUUCGUGUAGCCUAUAAUUAAGACUGUCGAGAGUACCCAUCCCUGCAAGUUAAAAGGCUGUACAAUUACAAUUCUACAUAAUGGCACAGUAUUUCAUAAACUUUACUGUGGGAAUGUUGAUAUGCUUCAGUUUGCUGCCAUAUGACUGGUUUCACACUUGUUUCCAGCGAUUAUAAGGUAAUACAAUCCCCUUAUCCAAAAGGAUUACUUGUUUACCUAGCUCUUAUCAAUAGCUCUUAUCAAGUUAGAAAUUACAGUGCAUGGAGAAUGCUGUUAUUUCUAUCAGAAAAAAGAAAGUGGAAUUAUGAAGGAAUUAAGUCAAGGUCAGACACACUAUCUGUAGACACACCUCCGCCACACCUUCAUUUCUUAGAUCUCCAUCCCGAACGAAUAGCAGGUGAAUAGCAUGAAUAUGCAAAGAGAGAAAAGUGCAUAAAAAGGGAAUAACAUUUACGCGCUCUUAACUCUGGUCGGAAUCGGGGCCAAAGUGCUGAACAACAAGUCUAGGUGACAAGGCGGCAAGCAGCAGAUACAGUGGGGAAAAAAAGUAUUUAGUCAGCCACCAAUUGUGCAAGUUCUCCCACUUAAAAAGAUGAGAGAGGACUGUAAUUUUCAUCAUAGGUACACGUCAACUAUGACAGACAAAUUGAGAUUUUUUUUCUCCAGAUAAUCACAUUGUAGGAUUUUUAAUGAAUUUAUUUGCAAAUUAUGGUGGAAAAUAAGUAUUUGGUCAACUACAAACAAGCAAGAUUUCUGGCUCUCACAGACCUGUAACUUCUUCUUUAAGAGGCUCCUCUGUCCUCCACUCGUUACCUGUAUUAAUGGCACCUGUUUGAACUUGUUAUCAGUAUAAAAGACACAUGUCCACAACCUCAAACAGUCACACUCCAAACUCCACUAUGGCCAAGACCAAAGAGCUGUCAAAGGACACCACAAACAAAAUUGUAGACCUGCACCAGGCUGGGAAGACUGAAUCUGCAAUAGGUAAGCAGCUUGGUUUGAAGAAAUCAACUGUGGGAGCAAUUAUUAGGAAAUGGAAGACAUACAAGACCACUGAUAAUCUCCCUCGAUCUGGGGCUCCACGCAAGAUCUCACCCCAUGUGGUCAAAAUGAUCACAAGAACGGUGAGCAAAAAUCCCAGAACCACACGGGGGGACCUAGUGAAUGACCUGCAGAGAGCUGGGACCAAAGUAACAAAGCCUACCAUCAGUAACACAUUACGCCGCCAGGGACUCAAAUCCUGCAGUGCCAGACGUGUCCCCCUGCUUAAGCCAGUACAUGUCCAGGCCCGUCUGAAGUUUGCUAGAGUGCAUUUGGAUGAUCCAGAAGAGGAUUGGGAGAAUGUCAUAUGGUCAGAUGGUAAAAACUCAACUCGUCGUGUUUGGAGGACAAAGAAUGCUGAGUUGCAUCCAAAGAUCACCAUACCUACUGUGAAGCAUGGGGGUGGAAACAUCAUGCUUUGGGGCUGUUUUUUUGCAAAGGGACCAGGACGACUGAUCCGUGUAAAGGAAAGAAUGAAUGGGGCCAUGUAUCGUGAGAUUUUGAGUGAAAACCUCCUUCCAUCAGCAAGGGCAUUGAAUAUGAAAUGUGGCUGGGUCUUUCAGCAUGACAAUGAUCCCAAACACACCGCCCGGGCAAUGAAGGAGUGGCUUCGUAAGAAGCAUUUCAAGGUCCUGGAGUGGCCUAGCCAGUCUCCAGAUCUCAACCCCAUAGAAAAUCUUUGGAGGGAGUUGAAAGUCUGUGUUGCCCAGCGACAGCCCCAAAACAUCACUGCUCUAGAGGAGAUCUGCAUGGAGGAAUGGGCCAAAAUACCAGCAACAGUGUGUGAAAACCUUGUGAAGACUUACAGAAAACGUUUGACCUGUGUCAUUGCCAACAAAGGGUAUAUAACAAAGUAUUGAGAAACUUUUGUUAUUGACCAAAUACUUAUUUUCCACCAUAAUUUGCAAAUAAAUUCAUUAAAAAUCCUACAAUGUGAUUUUCUGGAUUUUUUUUCUCAUUUUGUCUGUCAUAGUUGACGUGUACCUAUGAUGAAAAUUACAGGCCUCUCUCAUCUUUUUAAGUGGGAGAACUUGCACAAUUGGUGGCUGACUAAAUACUUUUUUUCCCCACUGUAUAUUAUUUACUAUUAUUUGUUAAAUUAACAUUUAUUCUUUGUUUUUCUCCACCAUGAUUUCAAAACAGAGAUGCAUAGCCUGGUGGACUUGACAGAUAAAGCAGCACUGAAUAUCACAUGAUAUUGUUGUCAGCUCUUUGGGGGUUUAAAUGUUUUUAUAAAAAGUGCUUCAAUGAGAAACAUUUUACAAUAUAUAGAAUAUAUGAUUUGUUUCCCUCGUUUCUUAUCUCUCUUUGUCUUGGUGAUUGACAGGCGACAAUGAGCACAAGCCCUACAUCUCUGGCGAUGCCGACCAACACAUCGUCCCAUUGGACGGCACGGAGGACUACCUGAUCCUGGCCUGCGACGGCUUCUAUGACACAGUCAGUCCCGACGAGGCAGUGCGUGUGGUCAGCGACCACCUGACAGAGAACAGCGGCGACAGCACCAUGGUGGCCCACAAGCUGGUGGCCUCGGCCCGUGACGCCGGCUCCAGCGACAACAUCUCAGUCAUUGUGGUCUUCCUCAGAGACCUCCGCGCGCCCCCGCCGGGAGAGGAGGACAAAGAGGGGGAGGAGGGAAAGGACAAAGAAGUGGCGGAGGUGGAGGAGGAAGGUCAAGGAGAGAUGGGCUGCCAGGACGGGGGCACCACAGAUGUUGGGGGGAAGGGUCACUGUUUCCUGCAGCAGUGCUCAGCUCCAGCUGACCUGGGCUAUGAAGACCGCACGGACUCGUUGACAGACAGAACCAGCCUAGGCCUGCUGGGGCCCAUGCUGGGAGAGGAUGGUCGGAUCAGGCUCCCCCCUGCCUGCUCACACCCUCCCGCCUCCUUAGCCCUCACCCAGAACCUCAUGCCUGCCGAGGGCCAUGGGGCGGCCUGGUUGCCCUACCUAGAAGAGGGGCUCCAGGGCUCCAGGCACAAGCCCCAGCCUAAACCCUGUGUCCCCGCCUGCCAGGAGCCCAGCUCAGACGGACAAUGGCCCCUGGCGGCCGCCCUGUUUGGGCACGCGGGGAGGCGCACCCGGAGGAUGGAGUGCGUGAGCCCCAGGUGGGGGAGGGUGUCCUGGCGUUGGGGCCGAGCCCCCAGGGAGCUCCCCGGCCUGCUGCACUCCACCCGUAGUGUGCCCUACCCCCAGCGCUGCCCCGAGAGGAGGCCCGGGGUAGCCCUGCCCCACCUGCCCCACGACAGCAGAGUCUGAUGAUGUGACCUAAUCUCCACUAGCUCCUCGCUCUCCUGACCCUUCCUCUAUCUGACUACAGUCAUUAAUUCAUUCAUCCAGCCAUCAUAAAUUCCUCAUCCAGGACACUGGCACCACACCCUUACCGCCCCCGCCCACACCCCCUCUCCAUCUGCACCUACC